AGCUCAGCGGACCACCACUCCACCAGCGGCUGCAGGAUGGAGCUGUCGGACAAAUAGCAUCAUUUUUUUUUUUUUGCUUUUUUUAAUGUAGCCGACGGAAAACAUCAACCCCGGUGUUUGUCGUGAACAGUCUUUCAACCAAAACGUAUGGGUUUCAAACGGAGGAGAACGGCUCUACCCGCAAAAUAGUCGGAGUUUAUCAUCGGGAUUCUGAAUUUGCGGGAUCUGCUAGCUAGCUAACAUCACCGCUAGCUGUUAGCUGUUUCGCCGAGUUCUGUCAGCAAGUGAGAUGUUUCCAGCCACAAAGCUGAAUGCCAAAUUGCCUUCCACUACCACCACCACUAUCAAGAGAUAGCCAGUGUGCAGGAUGGAGACCCAGGCCGAAUGACAAACUCUCUUCCCCCCUGGGUGACACACCGACAGUCGGAGAAAAUGCAGCCGGCCUGUGGAUAUGCUUUUCGGAUCCUUGUGUCCCUUAUGGCCAUUCACACCGCCGGGGCCUUAUCGGAGGACACAGAGGGGAACCGCACAGGGAACGGCACCUUGACAGAUGGAGAAUUUGUCCCCAUUGUGUUCACGAAAGUGAGCCAGAUAAUUGCCCGGGAGGGGAACUGCGCGCUGAUUGAUUGCAAUGUCACCGGAAACCCGUUCCCCAGUGUGCAGUGGUUCAACUCCCAUGGAGACCGUCUGGACACCGAGACCAGUGGUGGAAAGUGGUGGCUUCUGGAGAACGGCGUCCUCAACAUCACCAGCAUUGAGUUUGCGGACCGCGGCAAGUACACGUGCAUGGCAUCCAACGUGCACGGCACGUCCAACUGCACGGUGACGCUGCGCGUGGUCUUCACCAACGGCGACAUGGGCGUCUACUACAUGGUGGUCUGCCUGGUCACCUUCACCAUCAUCAUGGCCCUCAACGUCACGCGCCUCUGCAUGAUGAGCAGCCACCUGAAGAAGACGGAGAAAGCCAUCAACGAGUUCUUCCGCACCGAGGGAGCGGAGAAGCUGCAGAAGGCCUUCGAGAUCGCCAAGCGCAUCCCCAUCAUCACCUCCGCCAAGACGCUGGAGCUGGCCAAGGUGACGCAGUUCAAGACCAUGGAGUUUGCGCGGUACAUCGAGGAGCUGGCCCGCAGCAUCCCGCUGCCGCCGCUCAUCAUGAACUGCCGCACCUUCAUGGAGGAGAUCCUGGAGGUGGUGGGGGUGGAGGAGAUGAGGCACACCUUCGUCCGGCAAGCCCCAGAGGGACACCGCGACACGGGGGGCCGGGUGGCCUCUAUUGGGGUGGGGGACUUGUUCACCAUCCUGCAGGAGAGGGAGAGAGCGCGGGAGAGGGAGCAGGAGAGGGAGAGGGAGAGGGAGCGCAGCGAAUCCCCUGCCGCCGAUUCAGACAACUCCUCGGUCCAGGAGCAGCCGCAGCACAUCGCCAUUCAGGUGUCGGUGCACCCCCAGCUGGCCAUCGGAGGGUACUGCAGCAUAGAGGCCCCGCCCCAGCCAGAGGCCACGCCCUCCUCUCUUCCACCACUGGCUCCCCUUCACCAGGAGGAGGAGCCUGAGGCGGAAGGAGAGCAGAAUGUCCAGCAGGAGGAGGGGGAGGCGGAGCCGGCAGCAGCCAAUAACAGGCCCCCGUGCCAGGUGUUCUAUGAGAGCCAUGUGUAAUGAAACAACAUGGUAAAUAACAACUAAUCAGUAAGCAAACAAAUAAACAAACAAACCAAUUCUGAGGUAAGGAUGGAUUAUCCUGCUAUGCAUUUCCACUUGAAGAAAAACAAAAUAAUAAUAAAAAAAAAAGUAAAUAAUAUGAUUUUCAUUUCACAUUUUGGAUCGGAGCAAUCACAUUUUUAUUUAUCUUUUUCUGAAUGGAACAAUCUCCUACAACCUUCCUUUGUAGAUUCUUCUAUGGAGAAAUCGAGGUUUUUAGAUACUUGAGCGUCAUUUCUCAUUCUUAUGAAUUUUCAUGUUUGAAUGUACGUGGGAGGGGUAAUCAUUAUUAUUAUACUAAUGUAAUAAGCAAAGAAUUGUAAAGGGUCAUUUUAUCUGUUGACUUUUUCACAGCACAGACUUAUUUAAUUACUGACUUCACUCUUUUGGAGAAUGGUUUUACAGCAUUUUUAGUUUCUUACAGUUACUUAGGGUUUAUACGACUAAAUGACUCCACAAAUCUGCCUCAAGCUGGUCUUCAUGCCAUCUCCAGACCAUGAAAGCUAAGCCACCUUCGUUCGCUCGAGAAUUCACACUCAGCUACUGUUACAGGCAAUCCGCUGUCAUUGUACAAUGUUCUGCUUACCUAAAGAUGCAUGCUGGACUGAAAAAAACAAACAAACAAACAAACAAAAAAAAAAACAAGCUUGAUUUGAAAGUAUCUUCUAUGGUUACAGUUUCAUGAUUGUAAGACUUACAUUUACAAAAAAAAAAAGAAAAAAGAAAAGAAAAAGAGAGAAAAGCAAGCCAAGUAAACCUCUGUAUGUUUCCUCACUGGGUCAAACAAACACCUCUGGUCACAGCCACUAUUGCCCAAAUAUUUAUUAUUAUUAUUAUUUCCUUUGAGUAUUAUUAUAUUAUUCCCCAUUGUGGUGUGAUAUUGUUUCGUGCACAACUAGUUUUUUUUUUUUUUUUUUUGCUUUCUUACAGCCACACAUUAUGAUCCUUAAAAGAUUUGCCUAUGAUUUUCCUCCAUCAGGUGCUCUUUUUAGUUUCUUAUUUAAUUUGUCCAGCGUGACCCUGGCCUCGACUUGCUUCUCCUGAGGCUCUCCAGUACUGUGCACUCUGCUGCAUGUGGAAGAGGAGAGAGAUGCACCGCAGUCUCUGGGACUAAAAAAAAAAAAAAAGGACUUUUUUUUUUCCUUCUUCCUCUGCUUGGCUCUAACAGUCCAGUGGGUUUGGUUUGGAGAGCAACUGGACAUUGUUCUGCUUUACAUGGUGCUCUUGAGAUGCCUCUUUUUUUGUAGUGGAAUAAAAAGGAACUGCUGUUGAUUUCCA